AUGCAAUAUCCAAUAUCAUCCAAAAUAAUGAAUAACUAAUAAUUUUCAUUUGAACUCACUCCAAAAUAUAAAUAUAGAUAAAGAGAUGAAGGUCUUGCCAUUUCAAUAGAUCCUACAAAUACUCUCUUAGUUAUUAGUUCUAAAUAAAAUAUUAAAAUUUACUAAUUUAAACAUGGAUGUUUGAAAUAACUUUAAUAAGUCUUUAAGCAUUUAAAUUCAAUUUGCAUACUUAAUUUUUUCUUUAGAAAAUCAUAUUUUAUUUCUGGAUCAAAGAAUGCUUAAAUUUUUUUAUGGUCUUCUAAUUUAAUUGCUAACCCUAAAUACAUAACUAAAUUGAUUGGAAACUCUAAUAAUCUAUAAUGUUUAAUUAAACCAUCUAAGUCAGAUGAAUUAAUUAUAUAUGGCACAAAUCAUAAAGAAUAUGCAAUCAAAUUUUAUUCCUACUCAACCUUAUCUACAUGGUCUUUUAUAUAGAGUAUCAAUGAGCAUUCUUCAACAGUUCUUGGAUUAUCAAUUAAUGAAGAGGCAAAUAAAUUAAUUUCAUGUGGAAAAGAUUGUUUUAUUUUGAUUAUGGAAUGCUCAGAUCAAUCAUUAUGGUAUGUAAAAUAGAAGAUAUCAACUGAAUUAUGGGGUUUUAGAAUUUGUUUUAUUAAUAAUUCAUUAUUUGCUUUUUUACCAAAUGUAAACGAUCCUUUUCAAUAAACUUUAAAAAAUAUCCAUUUCUACAUUUUUUCAGACACUUCUGGAUAAUUCUAUAAAUAGAAAGAGGUCCAAAUUGAAGGAGGAGAUCAAAAAUGUUUUGAACUCUUCCAUUCAAAAUAUAUAAUUUCAAAAUAAAUACUCUUAUUAAAAAAUGGAUAUACCUUAAACUUUAUUAAAUUUAUUUUUUCUGAUUCAUCAUGGGAAUGUUAAUUAGUUCAAGCAAUUAAUUUUGGUAUAAAUAGAGGGUCAUAUUUGUUUGGGACUAUGACUGAAGAUGGCAAAUAUUUAAUAACAUGGGAUAACUCAAAUUCAAUUCAAAUAAGAAUUCAAGAGAAUUUUUGA